AUGGUGGCCCUAGGGACCGGCUCCUCUCACUCCUUGCUCUAUUUCCGCACCUGCAUCUCCCAGCCCGGCUCAGGGCUGACUGGCUACCUGGAGGUGGGCUACCUGGACGGGCGGCCCGUUGAGCGCUACGACAGCCACACGGGAAGGAUGGUCCCCCUGGCACCCUGGAUGAACCAGAGCGUGCAGGUGAUGGAGAGUUACUGGGAGAUUCAGGCCACCCUGGCCAGCCUCAACCAGGAAGGAUUCGGCCACUACCUGCGGAUCCUGCAGAAUGGCCUCCUCCCUCGCAGGAACAGCAGCCGCAGCCCCGAUGCUGGCCGAGAACCCAAUUCCUGUUCCAGCAGCGAGUUCGAAUGUGGGGACAGGACUUGCAUUCCCUGGCGUUAUAUCUGCGACUGGUCUCUUGACUGCCAAGAUGGGAGCGAUGAGGAUUCUGUGCUCUGCACUCCCCAGGGGUUUCAUACUUUGCAGUGCAUUGACGGCUGUGAGCUGGGGGACGAUGGGCAGGAGAAUUCCUUCCACCGGGAGGCUUAUGACGGGCGAGAGAUCCGGAAGUGGGAGGCCACGUGGGACCUUUACAGGCACCGGAAAAGCUUCUGGGGCAGGAACUGCACCGGGUGGUUGAAGAGACACCUGCCGUACCUGGAGGAGGAGGAGCUGCGGAGGAAAGAGCCCCCAGCCGUGAGGGUGACCCGCGUUGGGACCAGCCGGAGCCUGGAAACGCUGGCGUGCCGCGCGGACGGCUUCUACCCCAAAGAGAUCAACGUCUCCUGGGUGAAGGACAGCCAAGUCUUCCUGCAGGAGACGCUCCGGAAAGGUGCCCUCCCCAACGCGGACGGGACUUUCCAGGCACAGCUGAGCCUCCAGAUCGACCCCAAGGAGAGGGGCCACUACCGGUGCCACGUGGAACAUGCCGGCCUCCAGGAACCCCUGGACGUGGGCUGGGAGGGGCCAGGCUCAGCAUGGCCCCUCGUGGGGGGUGUCUUGGGGACUGGGGCCGCCCUCCUGCUGCUGGCUGGAAUGGUCUACUUCUCCCUCCGAACCCGGCCAUCAGCCUCCAAAGCCACCUCUGAAUCAGCCUCUGUUCCAAAUGAGGCCCCUGAGAUCUCCCAAGGGAGAGGAGGCGAGGAAUCCCCUCCCAAAGAGCCAGAGGAAAUCAAGCUGAUGGAGAAGGGAGAGCCCAGCACCCUCUCAGCCUGAUCUGCGUGAGAUCCUGCUUUCUGUCUCUGGACCACCUGGUCUCCUCGGGAGAGAAUGGAAGGAGGAGACCUUCCCAUGGGGUGCUUUGAAUUUCCAUCACUCCUCUUGGGCAUCAUUGAAGCGGAGCAGAGUGACUUUUUUUAAAUAAACAAAGAAGACAUUGAGAGGGAAUAUAAGAACGGGACACCCAUGAACCCUCCACUUUGGAUCUGUUGUCCUUUGUUUUCCUGCUGCUUUUUAGGGGAACCGUCUUUGUUUCUUUCAAGGAUUUGGUAUCUUUUUACGCUUCCAGUGACUGCCUUCAAACGGCGGCAGAGUCCUCUCGGGGACCUGAAAGAGAAGGAAGAAUCCUCCCUAAUUCUUCUCAUUCUCCCUGGAAGGAGCGUCCACUUGGAACAGAUGCACUCUGACCGCACCCAGUGGAAAGGACUACCUGGGACUUGGAUAGGGAUGGAGGGGGGAUCAAAUCUUAGAAUGAGAGAUCCCACCGUUGACCUUGAAUCACAUCUAUAGAGAGAAUUGCAGUUGGGCUGCACUCUGGGUGGAACAGGUGGGGGAAAGGGUUGGGCUUCAGCACAGGGACUUCCUUCAGGCAAUUCCUUCUCCAUCCUCCCCCUCCUUCCAGCCAUGGGACUGAACAGCUGAACCUGGAAUACUCAAGUCACUGCAGAAACAUUCAGCAUAGCGAGCAGAGGUUCAAGGGAACCCUAAAUUUAUUUUAUUCACUGACUCCA